GUCUGGGCCACAGCUCUGCCUCUGCCCUAUAAAAACGUCACUCCAGCCACAGGUUCCUCAGUUUCGUCAAGAACUCCACCAGACCGCCAUCAUGAAGUACGUGGCUCUUGCUCUUGCUCUCCUUCUUGCCAUUGGUUGCCAGGCUGCCACUCUGCAGGCCGAUGCUCCCUCUCACCUGGAGCAUGCCCGUGGAAUCUUGAAGAUGACCUUGGACCAAAUAAAGACCAGUAUGACCAACAUCGCCGAAAAGGUUGACGAUGAGGCAACCAAGAACGCUAUCCUCAGUCGCGUUAACGCCAUCCACGACCAGGUCCUCCAGCUCCAGGCCCAGAUUGCCCCCAUCACCGACAGUGCCGUGGCAACCAUUGACGAUGCCACCAGGGACCUGCGUAUCUCCAUCCAACAGGAUAUCGACUCUCUGAAGAAGGAACUGGAGCCAUUGCGAAAUGAGCUCAACGCCGUGGUCCAGAAGCACAUCGACGAAUACAAGGCACUGCUGGAGCCUUUGGUGGAGGAGUACCGCGCCAAGCAGGAGGCUGAGAUGGCAGCCUGGAAGGCCAAACUCGAGCCCAUCAUGGAGGAUUUGCGUGCCAAGGUCGCUGUCAAUGUGGAAGAGACCAAGAGCAAACUGGUGCCAAUCAUCGAGAAGGUCCGUGAGAAGAUCACCGAGAGAAUGGAGGCCGUGAAGGCAAUGGUUGACCCCUACGUGCAGGAAUACAAAGAGCAGAUGAAGCAGGCCUACAGCCAGGUGGGAGCUAUGAGAGAGACCAACUUCGAAGAGGUGAGGCAGAAACUGACACCACAUGUGGAAUCUGUCAAGACCAGCUUUGAGAGUCUCAUCAAUGAAGUCAGAGCCAUGAUGGCCCAGUAAACCAUCUACCUACACCACCCUCCCCUCCAAAAAACAUCAUGUGACCUGACUAUCCCUUGCACAAAACACCAAAAAAGCCUAACUGAGGCACUUCCCCAACAAACACACAAAAUGGUGGGACUCUUGCUUUUUCACUGUCUGAUGCACAAACAAGCCUCACAUACAAGUCUAUAGCACACAUACAAGAUACCAAUGCUAUGAAUGCUGUAUGCUGUAGAAACAUCUUCCAUUUUGGAGAACAUUGUAUGUGAAUAAAACAACUGGAAAACAA